UGAAAAUAUAACAGAGAAGAGGAAGCAAAAAGUCUUUCUUGGUUUGAGAUAAAAGAAAAAAUGGCAGCAAGUAAGUUGUCAAUAGCCGCAAAGGAAAGAUGGAGGAAGAGAAAAGCCGACAUGGAAGUAAGCCACAAUGAGGAAGACCAGAAUAUUCAAAAGGCAUCUUUAGCAUCCCAGAAUGAGGUGGCUGAGGGUCCAAGUCACUCUUUAGUGACAACUGAUAACGUGCAAAGUAAAGGUCCUCAAUUUGUAGCCUUUACCUCAAAGAGGGAAGUAUCAAAGGGCAAUAACAUGAUUGUUAGGCGAUCCAAUCGACUUAGAAGCUUGGGGUUCUUCGGGAAAAGACAAGGGAAGGAACCUGUUCAGCAUAUCGAUAUUACCGACUCUGAUGGAGAUGAUGAGCUGCAUGUUGAGCCAAUCAGUCUUAAACCAAUCAGGGGUGUGAGUAGCACAGAAAUUGAAGUUGAUUUUCCGGUCCACACUGCUGAUGGUCCAACAAACUCUGCAUUCACUAACGCGCAAAGUAAAGUUUCUCGAGCAUUUUCUUCAAAGAGGAAAACAUUGAAGGCCAAUAACAUGAUUGUUAGACAACCUGGUCAGCGUGAAAGUUUAGGGUCAUUUGGGAAAAGACAGGGGGAAGAUCUUCAUCACGUUGAUCCUACUGACUGUGAUAGAGACACAGAGCUGCAUGUAGAGCCAAUUUGUCCUGAACCAAUCCUGAAUGUGAGUAGCUCAGAAAUGAUAGUUGAUCAUUUGGUCCAGACUAGAUGCAAAAGGCCCUUUCCAAGUGAAGCUAUGCCAACAAACCUCAACUACGAAAUUCUGUAUACUAACUCAGUGAAAAAGAUCGAGGCCUUGACGGAGGAAAACUAUCAACAAGCCCAGAAAUUACACUACAUGUUUGGAAAAGUCAAGAUAUAUGAGAAUGUGCUUGCCAAGGAUAUGGUUGCUUUUUCAAAUGGUUGGAGAUCAACAGGUGCUGUGACGAACUUAUCUGAUGGAACAGUCGAACAUCAUCCAGAGGCGGCUCCUGCACUAAACUCUGCCCAUGCACCCAAACCGCCUCCUGUAAAGAGAAAGCACAGUGUUAAGAGGAUGAAGAAAAACCAGUAGGAAGUGCGCUCAUCCUUGUGGAAGGAGAUUUUUGUUUGUUAUGACUAGUCGCCUUCAACAGAUCCAAAGGCGUAAGCUAUAUAUCUUUUGCUCUAUAUGGUUUUAGUAAAAUGUUAUGUCUGGUGAAACUUUCUUGUUUUUGCUCCAUGUUUUCUCCUGCAAUCUUGGAUGCAUGUAUGUAAGUAUGCAAAAGCUAACUUGAAAGAUUUUUGCUUUGUCCUCUUUCCAGAAAAUGUUGUUACUACUUCUAUUUACUAGUGACACUGGAACCAGAUGAAAUUAAGUGAUGUGUGCACACCCUUUUGUUUCCA